AUGAACCUCAUCAUGAACGCGCCCGCCCAGAAGAAGCACAUGAGUUCGACGUUUGGAGAGAAGCUUCAGCCUUUGGGUUUCGAUCGAUUUAAGACGUGCGAACUCAUGGCCGAACUUCUCCACUGCAGCAACAUGGGGCUGAUGAACGAGGUUGGCUCAGAGGAGCUGAUCGCUGCCCGCGAUAUCGAGCGACAGCGCCUUCGAGGAGAGGGCAAGCUCAUCCCCCGUCGUGAAGACGAGGCCUCGACAUCUGCUGACGAGCUCACCAUGAGGUUCUCUCACAACACCGCCCAUAGCGAUAGCCGACGUCUCGAAGUGACCAACAAUGCCGAAGAUGACGGUUUUGAAGAAGUCGAGCACAGCCGCGAGAUGAACGAGGAUACCUCGCACGAGUUUGUCAAGGCGGAAGAAGAGAUACCACCCCCUGUACCUAUUCCUUCAUUCUUCGACAAGGAUGACGACGAGCUGGUGGACGAGCCCUUGAGCUCUCCCAGGCUUCUAAUCAAGGAUGACGGAGAUAUCGAAAGCCCACAGUUUGAUGACCCUGAUCUUAUUGUGGCUCCACUAUCCCCUCGCAAGAAAACGGCUGAUUCAAUCGACUCUACACCCGCCGUCACCAGCGCCGCGGAGAAGAAGGACAUUACUGAGAAGACGGAAACUGCCGAAUCACAGAACGAGAAGAUUGCACAAGAAGACAAGGUGGAUGCCCGAACUGCUCCCACGAUUGAUACCACUGCUUCGGCCCAAGAUGAUGCUUCUGAUUCUUCUGUUGUGUUGACGCCAGCCACCACCACCGCAAAUGAAUCCCUUCCUGAUCAGGAUUCCCGAGAAGCGCCCACUCCCGAAAUCUCCGAGACCGACGUAACCCCGGCUACAAAGGACGAACCCGAAGCCUCGAACAAGUCUGACGCUCCCGCCAAGCUGGAGGCACCCGAGCCCCGCAAGCUGCAGUUGCUUCUAUAA